CGAAGCUUGUGCCAGAACCAACCAUUGAUACAAUUAUUUGGACGGGGAUUUUUCUUCUUCCCUUUUUCCUUAUGUUGUCUCAUAUCGUCACAGCUGCCCGAGGCUUAUUCGCGAGACCGGACCCUGGGGUCGAACAAGACACUCCACCCACCGUAGACCACACAUCCGAUCCAAUUCCUGCGCAUUCUUCACCCCAGAUGGUGUCAGCUACUCGACGGGGUGUAUUCCCUACUCCUGCUGCGGAGGAGUCGGCGGCAGCAGUGGCGGACUCAUCACCAGCUACGAGGGGGAAGCGAAAGAUUGCUACUUCGAAUCAUGGGGCGGAAAGCCAAGCACCUAAACGCAGGAAGCAGAGAGGUCCUAGCAACAUGGGCUCACACGCUACAAAACCCGCCGAGACAGAAAAGGGCGUUUUAAAAAAGUUGCCCUUCCGCACUACCGGUUCAAGCGACAUUGUCGGGUCCGAUAUACAACCUGAAGAGGACACAUUAAAUGUUUCAAUUAGUGCGCCUAAUGUGGCUGACGAAGCAGCACCCAAUUCCACUGCCAAGGCCACACAUGUUCGCUUUGGGAGCGAGGAGCCCGCGCCGGUGCUCAAUGGAGAGAAUGAGCAAUCUACGGAGGGAAAGAAGCCCAAGGAGUCUCACGAUAUGGAGGAGGACAGUGAUGAUGAUGACGAAGCUCCUGAAACAAUAGACAACGCUGCCCAGCUACGGAAGCUAAAAGAGAAUGCCCGAAAAGAAGCGAAGACUAAGCAGAGGACCGAUGCACUAAAUAAAGAAAAACGAAGAGAGCGGGAUCAACGCCUAAAAGCCCAAGCAGUCUCAAAACCCGCUCCUUCGAGUAAAGAACAUACCCCGUCCAUUCCACAAGAUCUCCGCGCAAGCAAAGAUGAAAUUCUCUCCGAGAGCUCCGUGACGAUACAAGGAUCUAUAUCAAAACCCAUCCGAUCACUUCCCAUGCUACUCCCAGAUGAGAUCUUGAACGCGGAACCUACAUCAAACCAUAGUAGAAUCCCCACCCCACCAUAUGAGAUGGAUUCAUCGUCCCUAGCCGACAAGAUGUCGAUAUCGAAGUCGAAGAAACUUAAGUUUCUGGAUAAGCUUGAGAAGCGGCCGAAGGACGUUAGGAUUGGGGGAACGUCGAUUCGUGUUCUGGAAAACUCGGGUAGUGGUGGUUUGCGUGGGGUCAGUUUACCGCCCAAGUCAUCCAAGAGGAGCCGCCGGGCGCGUGAAAAUCUGUUGACUGGAAGCCGCAGGUUGCCUGGCGGUGGUAGUUUAAGGAGGACGACGGGCGGAGCUUCGGGGUUUGUUCGAAAGUGAUACUCCUAUAUUUUAUGAGGUAGAGUGUUAUCAUAGAGCGUAAAGAGAACAGCAGCGUUUGUAUUAUGGAUUUGUUUCUGGCGUGAUGGUUCCAUCGAGCGGAGAUAUUUUGAUACCCAUAUGGGUUAUUUUUGUUUGGCUAAGCUUAUUGAAGAGCGAUUGUAUUAAUCUAUUUACAUACGCGCCUCCACAUCCACGGAUCCAAUCAUUCCCAUCCUCGUUAUUGUUGUGCUUGAUGUCCACUGGAUUUACAAGCCGCGGCCACAGUCGCAUCUUCAGAGAACUGAUAUAUGUAUCAUCUCCCGGACCUGUACGGAGGGCACCUUAUUGCGAGGUCAAAUUAAGGUUUGUUUCACGUGUCAAG